GGGUAGUUCGUGAACGAACUAGUUCACGAAAAGGAACUUUGAACGAAAACGGUCUUACUGUUGUUGAACUAUAGAUCUUAAUGAACUACUUCACCCAGGACUUAAUUCACUUCACUUUGUUCUCUAGUUCGAUGAGCUACGUUGAGUCAGAAGACUGAAAACGUUUCCAAUAUUUUCUAGUUCACUUAAUUAAACUUUCUAGAUAUCUUAAUUAAAUUUAGUUGAGAUUUUUUUGAAGAUUCACAUCUUUCUUUUAACUACAAAUUUCUUGGAUUCCUUAGUAAAAUGCCUUCAAGACGCACUAGUAGUAUUUGGUACCACUUUAAUGAGGGAAAUGAUAAGGCAGAAUGCGUAUAUUGCAAAAAACUCAUAAGUACAGCUGGAGGUUCAUUUGGAAAUUUGAGAAGGCAUCUAAAAAAGAAACACCCAACUGUGCCUGAAGAAAGGAGGAGGAGGAGCAUUACUCCAUAUGGAAAAAGAUCUGAGUCUCCUUUUACUCCAAGUGUAUCUUCAUGUUCCAGAUCUCCUUCUGAUACACCGUCUACAUCAACGCAGGCUGACGCUGAGUCAUUAGGUGAGUUCUAUAAAACUGAAGGAGGGCCCCCUGUACCAGAAAAAAUGGAUGAAUCUAAAGAAAAAUUAUUGGACCCUCUUAAGCCCCAGUUGCAGCCAAUUCCCUCUAAAUAUGAUUCUACAGAGAAUUAUUUACCCACAACAAGCCAAGCAGCUGAAGGGUAUAGUCAAAUUAUAACCAUAGACCCUUGUACUGUACGGACAGUGGAUAUUUCUGCAGGAAAAGAAUCUUGUUCAAAAGGAAUUUCUUCUAAACUCGAAGCCAACAACAGUAAUCGUAGAAUAUUUAAAAGAAAACGGACCAUCUCUGAUAUUUAUCAGAAUUUAAGUGAAUUCAUGGCCAAUCGAACACAUAAUUAUGAACAUUUACAAAAAAAAAAUGAAGUUGAAAUGAAAAUUCUCGAAGCCAAAUUGGAAAGAGAGGAACACAUGAAAGUAAAAGCUUUACUAGAUACAGAAAUGUAUUCAAUGAAAUAUGAACAAGAAAAAGAGUUAAACCGUUUAAAAUUAGAACAGGAAAAAGAAUUAGUUCAUAUAAAAUUAGAACUGGAAAAAGAAUUAGGUCAUUUAAAAUUAGAACAGGAAAAAGAAUUAGGUAUUAUAAAAUUGGAGUUCGAAAAGCAGAUGAAUUCGUUUAAAAUACAGCAAGAAAAUGUGAAGCUGAUGAUUGAAGAAGAAAAAUUAAAAAUAGAAGUAUUAAAAGCCGAAGCUUUGCAAAAAAAUUAAUCUGCUCAUUCGUUUUUAUUAUAUUGUGUUUUUACAAUUAAAAAUAUAUUUUCAAAACAGUUGUAGUUUUCAAAGGUCUUACCUCACUCAAGUUAUUUAUAUGAGUGAGAUUGUAUUCUACAACUAAUUAUAGAGAAAUGAAAAUAAAUGUAGAAGUAAUAUAAAACAAAACUACUUGGCCACACUCAGGCGACAGUCGUAGAAAUGGACGAGCAGCUGUGAUAUAGUGAUGUGAUGAUCGAGUGAUGUGAUAUAGGUAGUUUAUGAGCGCUCAUAUAUUGCACAAGACUGCAAAUAGCCAGAACAGUGAAUAAAUAUAGAGCUUGUGCAAGAAGGAGCGCAAUGCGCAGUAAAGGACUGAGGCAAACUACCUAGUUCACUAACUCCACAGACUUAGCAGGGUAGCUCAGUGGGUGAGUACUGACUUCCAGAGCUCUAGGUCCUAGGUUCGAAUCCGACUGAUGACUAGUAAUUAUUGGUGCGCGGGAUGGCAGAAUGGGCUAACACGUGUGCACAGCACUGCGAAUUGCCUAGCAACCAGAUACCAGAGAUAUGAGCGAUUAAAAAGUACGAGUUCGAGUCCCGGUGACGGAGGGGAUUUUAAAUUACCCACCCUCUCCCAGGAUAUAGAGGAAAACCGUAAAGAACUGCCGUAUCAAACAGGCCUAUUUGAAAAACUAAUUGAGAGAAAUGGAUGAAAACUUUAAAAAGCAGAACACAGGGUUAUUCUACAGGGCGUUUGAAUAUUGGGUAAAAGGAUAUUCAGGGUCAAACUUGAAUUUUAGGUAACUACUAAAGUGUGAAGAACCGAAGGAAAAAUUGGAAGUGAGGGGUGUGAUACAAAAUCAGGACAGUGAACCACCAUCCAUAGAAGAAGUUAAAGAAGUAAUAUUUUCAUUGAAAGAUAUCCCAGGAAGACGGUGUGAUUGAAGAAAUGUCAAAGUGAGUGAAUGAAAAAUUGAUGUGAAGAUUACAGAAUUAUUACAUGAAGUAUGGGAAUAACAGGAAAUACCAGAACAUUGGAAAGUAGCGUUGAUCCAUCUAUUGCAUAAAAAAGAGAACUAAAAACAGAUGUUAAUAAUUAUAUGGAAUAUCCUUGUUAUCAGGAACAUACAAGAUUUUGUCUAAACUAUUAUUGAAUAGGUUAGAAUUACUGGUGGAUCAUAAGUUAGGUGAAUAUCAAAGGAGUUCAGAAAAAAGAGAUCAUGUCUGGAACAGAUUUCAUGUUUGAAAUUAAUUCAUACCAUGUGGCAAAAUGGAAGAGAAUUUAUGUAUUAUUCUUUGAUUUUCAAAAAGAAUAUGAUUCGAUAGAUAUGCUGUUCAAAAUUCUGAAAGAAUACAUGCGGGAUCGGAAAACUUGGAAUUUGAUUAAAUUGAUGAAUUUAUUAAUUAAAAGAGAAUAAAUAGAUGAAUGCUAUGAGUGUUAACAAUAGCCAUAACACCUUGAUUUGAAAGUCCUCCUGUAGGUGUGAAUCUUUAAAGAGCAGCAUUCAGGAGACCUUUAUAUGGCACACACCUUGAAGAUUGUGUGAGGGCUUGCUCAUACUAAGAUGUGUCUUAAGGUGUUACAAUUAUAUCUGUACAAUUCCUGCCUUUGGAAAUGGGGUAGCUCAAUGGUAGGGCACUAAGCUUCCAAUGCUCAACGUCCCAGGUUUGAAUCCCGGCUCAUGGCAGAAAAAUUAUUUAUUGUUUCAUUGCCUGUGGGACGCCCCUGGGGUAGAGAGACCCUCCUGGGGCACCCCCAAUCUCUAAAAAGUGGGUAUCCUUAAUUAAAUAAUUGUUUAGGAGGAAAACCUAGGGAGUGGGGUAGCUGAGUGGAUGAGCACUGACUUCCAGAGCUCAUGGUCCUAGGUUCGAAUCCAGCUAAUGACUAGUAAUUUUUCAUUAGCUGUGGGUCAACCCUGGGAUCAGGAGACCCUCUUGGGGCACACCCAGCCUCUAUAAAAUGGGUACCCUUAAUUAAAAAAUAUUAAGGGGGAAAAUCUGGCAGUUGAGCAUGAUAUCGGCCCCAUCACCUCCCCUCACAAUUGUUGACCUUGAAACAGUACUUGCUCAUAUAGUACUGAACCCAAGACCCUUCAUGGGUUGUUGUGGUACAGGUUGAUUUUAUCACAUUUAUUUUUCUACAAUUCCUGCUUUGUAUCCAUCGUUGGUUGGUAUAAGAAUUGAUUCUUCCUGAUCUUUCAGUUUAUAAUUCUGAUUUAAUUUAUGAUCUAAACCAAAAAGAUUUCAAUAA